AUGAGUGCAUUUACGCUUUCUCAGGCGGGAGUGGGCCUGCUGGGCUCCUUGGCUCAAUCCGCCCCCGCCGCGAUCGCCGCGAUGCGCCUCGUCCCCGCGGCGUCGCGUAUGUUCGCGUCGAGCUCCGACAGAAGCAGGAGCACCCCCACGCGCUCGCCGGAGCUCUUCGCGUCGACGUUCGGCGACAUCGACGCGACGGACUACAGCGACGCAGCGCGACCCGUGCAGAACUUCCUCGGGCUCGGGUCCGUCCACAUGCCGCAGGCCCUCAACACGGAGGAGCCCUGCACCGUCACCAUCGCGGGCGGCGGCAACUCCGCGCACGUCGCCGCGGCGGUGCUCGGAAGCAACCCCUCCUUCCAGGUCCGCAUGUGGAGCACCCUCGACGGCGAAGCAGCCCGCCUCAAUCACGCCAUUAAGAGCUCGGGCGGCCUGAUACGCUGCUCAUACAGCGACGGGAAGCCGCCCACUUCGGGGCGCGUGGCCUUCGCGACCGCGGACCCCGCCGAGGCGCUCGAGGACACCGACAUGCUCCUCCUCACCGCGCCGUCGUACACCCACGCGCAGUUCCUCCGCCACGCCGCGCCGCACCUGCCCCGCGAGGGCCUCUACAUCGGCGCCACGGUCGCGCAGGCCGGGUUCGACUGGAUGGUCCACCGCGCCCUCCGCGACGCCGACGUGCCGCUCCCCGAGGCGCUCACCAUCUUCGCGUUCGAGAUCCUGCCGUGGAUCUGCCGCCUCGACGAGUUUGGCAAGAGCGUGCGCGUGCUCGGGACGAAGCGCGCGCUCGACAUGGCCGUCGAGCCGCGCGUGUACGGCCCCGCGGUCGCGGACAUGAUGACCGCGCUCUUCGCCGAGCCCGUCUGCCGCAAGUACCCGGGGGGCCUCCGGCGCAUGUCGCACCACGCCUACCCCAAGUUCGCCGCAGUGCCGUCCUUCAUGGGCCUCAGCCUCAUGAACGUCGGCGCCGUGUGGCACCCGUGCCUCAUGUACGGCCGCUUCAAGGACUGGGACAAGUCCACGCCCUUCCAGGAGCACCUCCGCCUGUCGAAGCAGAUUGAGCCCGCCACCUCCCAGCUCCUCAACAGCGUGUCCGUCGAGAUCCUGGCGAUCCGCGCGGCGCUCGAGGACCGCGACCCGACCAUGGACCUCACGAACGUGUCGCACAUCUUCGACUGGAUCCUCCGCGCGUACCCGGGGGACAUGGCCGACACCUCCGGGCUGGCGCGCGCCAUCGAGACCAACGCCGCGUGGCGCACGCUGCGGCACCCCAUGAUCCAGCGCGACGGCGGGUGGUUCCCGGACAACGCCUCCGCGUACUUCUCAGAGGACAUCCCGUGCGGCCUGGUGCCCAUCCGCGGGCUGGCACAGCUCCUUGACGUGCCGACGCCGCACAUCGACGAAGUGCUGACGUGGUGCCAGGACAUGAUGGGGAAGGAGUACCUCGUCGACGGGCAGCUCGUGGGCCGCGACGUGCGCGAGACGCGGGCCCCGCAGGCGUACGGCGUCACCUGCGUGCGCUCCCUGCGCAGCGUCGUGAGCGCGCCCGUGGCGCAGACGGCCGGCGGGUACAGCGGGAUCUGA